GAAUUCACCAAUGCCAUCUUGCCAUCUUUUUGGCAUCAAUGAUCGGAUUGUUCCCGGCAAGGAUCUCGUGUCUUUCGUCUUUCUCCUCUCUUGCUCUACCUGACUUCUCACAAAAUCGCUCAACCGAAGAAGCAACGCAGCAAAGAUACCAAUCAACAAGAAGAACUUGAAAAGGAAAGCAAAUCAUGGCGCCUCUUCGUCUCCUGGCAACUCUCUCUCUGUGCUUGGCAUCCGCCAGUGCCUUUUCCAACCAACCCUUCGUUUCAUCCACUGCUCGCAAAGCGUCCUCGUUGCAGGCGGGCAUCUCAACUUAUUUGAACGAUGGCAACUACAAUAGCCUGAUUAUGGGAGACAAGGCCGUCUUGGUCGAUGCCUGUGCGAAAUGGUGUGGCCCGUGUAAGCUCAUUGAACCAUUCUUGGUCCAGGCGGCUGGCAAGUACGCGGACGAGCUGGAGGUUGUCAAGCUGGAUGUGGAAGCCAAGGAUAAUGGGGGUGUCAAGGUGGAAUUCCUGAUGGAAGGUGUCAUGCCAGAGGCACUGCCCUCGUUGAUCCUGUUUCGAGGUGGCAAACACAUUGCCACUCAUACAGGAGCAUUGACACUGGAUGAACUGGAUGAGUUCAUCAUGUCCAAUCUCCUGCAACCAGAGGCUGCUAAGAAGGAGGAGAGGGAGCCAGAACUUGUGGGAGGCGGUCGAGGAUUCGUCUCAUUUGCUUCCAGGGAUGACUACGCCUUGUAGGCUAGACAUGGCUCAGCUCAACUCUUGUACAGUACAGAAUUCAUUUUCUUGAUACCAUGGUUUCGUAUCGUUGGCCACCAAUUCACACUCUAGAUCACACAAGAUAAAGCACAGGCUUGUUGAAGGAUGCCAACAUCAUUUGUAUACAGCUUGCCCAACAACACAACUGAAUAUACAAAAAGUGAAACCUAAGAUACACUAUAACGUCAAGCAACUUAUCAAAUACC